CAAACUCACAAAUGGAAAAGCGAGUGAUGCUUAAUCCCCUCAUCGUGUCCCUUCUCACACUUGUCGUGGCUGGUGCUGCAUCUUCCUCAUGCCCCAUGGAUCUCAGCUACGUUGAUGCCAUUCCUUGGAACACUUCAUCGUGCAGAGACCCAAUUGAGAAGGGACUCUGCUGCCAAACUCUGCUCAGUAUCUUCGGCAUAGGCCUGGGCCAACACCUCAUAGACACUUCCUUGUUUCGACUUCCUGAUGAAAACACAUCCUCCUCUUGCUUAUCUGAUUUCCAACAAAAGCUCUCAGCCUUGUCAAUCCAACCCAAGGUGUUCCCUUUAUGCUUCCCUGACCCUGCCCAGUUUGUUACAAACUCUUCAGCUUGUGCAGGCAUCAGAACUCUCCAAGAUUGGAAGCAAAAGGUGGGGAUGUCUAGUCCAUUAGACACAUCUUGCAAUGGUGACCUUCAAGACCUAAGUCGUUGCGACAAUUGCAUUGCUGCUGCCUUGAGAGUCACUCACCGACUGAAAAGUAUUGACCCAAAUGCUAGUUCUGAUUGUUUUUACUUUAUAGUGUUGUAUGCUGCAGCUGUUGUUAAUCCCUAUGGUACAACAGAUUUAAGCACCACUAGUUGCAUACUAGGCUUGUCAGAACCGUCUAGUACAGUAACAAAAGUUUCAUCAAAUAACAGAAAAAAAGUGCUGAAGCUGGUUUUUGCUUUAUUGGGUGCUCUAAUUGGUGUUAUUAUGAUUGCUUCUGUAAUUAUAGUCUUGUACAGGAAGAGGGAUAAGAGAAGGAUGGAAAAGAUUUAUCACAGGGAAAUUGAAGACAAUGUUAAGGCCGGUAUUUUGCCUAAUACUGGCGCAAAAUGGUUUCACAUAUCAGAGCUUGAAGGAGCCACGGAUAAAUUUUCACACAGGAAUAUAAUUGGCCAAGGUGGUGAUGGAGUUGUGUACAAAGGGACCCUAUCAGAUGGCACUUUGGUUGCUGUUAAGGAAAAUCUUGAUUUGGAAACUAAGGGAGAUGAAGUGUUCGUCUAUGAAGUGGAGAUCAUAAGCAAAAUCAAGCACAGGAAUCUUCUCGCUCUCAAGGGUUGUUGUGUUACAAGUGAUAAUUUGAAAGGUGAGAGGAGGUUUCUGGUUUAUGAUUUUAUGCCUAAUGGGAACCUCGGUUUCCAACUGUCUCUUGCUGGGGCUAAUAUGUUAACGUGGCCACAAAGAAAGAGCAUAAUCCUUGAUGUUGCUAAGGGGCUUGCUUAUUUGCAUCAUGAAAUCAAACCCCCAAUUUAUCACCGUGACAUAAAGGCUACAAAUAUACUUUUGGAUUCCCAAAUGAAUGCUAAAUUGGCUGAUUUUGGUUUGGCCAAGCAAAGUAGUGAGGGCCAGUCUCAUCUCAAUACAAGGGUUGCUGGCACAUAUGGUUAUGUGGCACCAGAGUAUGCUCUAUAUGGGCAGCUUAAUGACAAAAGUGAUGUGUACAGUUUUGGUAUUGUGAUUCUCGAAAUCAUGAGUGGAAGAAGAGUUCUGGAUUCUUCGAAUUUCUCGGCAGAUUCAAUCACAGAUUGGGUAUGGACACUUGUGGAAUCCGGAAAGAUGGAGGAAAUUUUUGAUCAGUCAAUCAGAGAAGGACCAAAGAAAAUGAGGGAAAGGUUUGUAGUUGUUGGAAUGCUUUGUGCUCAUGCAACUGUGGCGUUUAGGCCUAGCAUUGCUGAGGCCCUCAAGAUGUUACAGGGUGACAUUGACAUUCCCAAAUUACCUGAUAGGCCAGUUCCAUUGGGUCAUGCCUCGUUUCAGUCUUCUGUGCUGCAUGGUUUGUAGAGAAGUCAAGGAUCUACCCCCACAUAUUUCAUCUCAAUCAACUAUGAUCAGUGUGUGUAAUCAACCUCUACAUUAAUUUGUAUAUGUAGUGUUUGGAUCAGAGUCAUAUUGUAACUGUAACAUCCUCUAUUUUUGAAUAAAUUAAUUUAUGAAU